AUGGCUGAGGACUGCAUUGGAGCUUUAGAUGGUACCCAUAUCCAUGCUUCCGUUCCUGCAUCUGAAGUUGUAGCAUUUUGUGAGAGAAAACCAUACCCCACACAAAACGUGCUUGCUAUAGUUGAUUUCAACUUACGUUUUACGUAUGUUCUUACUGGAUGGGAAGGUUCAGCACACGAUGCUUUAGUUUUACGUGAUGUACUUGAAAGACCAAAUGGGCUAUCAGUCCCUGAAGGGAAAUAUUACUUGAUUGAUGCUGGGUAUGCAACAAGGCCGAGUUUUAUUUCUCCCUAUAGAGGUGUUAGAUACCAUCUUAAAGAAUUUGGCUCACGGAUACCAACAAACCAUAAAGAACUGUUUAACCUUCUUCAUUCAUCGGCUCGUACCACCAUUGAACGAGCUUUUGGGUCCCUCAAGGGAUGCUUCAAAAUAUUCACAUCAAGACCAUUCUUUCUAUUCAAAACUCAAGCCGAACUUGUAUUAGCUGCAUGUGUUUUGCAUAAUUAUAUUAUAAGUGGAGGAGAAGAUAUUUUAAUACCUUCUGAGGAAGAAUGGACACCACAACGGGCACCAUCAGAAAGCAACAUAAGAGAACAAAGGAAAGAGACCCACGAAUGGGUGCCACGUAGAGAACGGAUUGCACGUGAUAUGUGGGCUAACAAGUAG